AUGAAUCAAAGUGAAAAUACUUCAGUAACAUCUUUGGAAUCAAUGCUUGAUCGUUAUAUAAAAUUAUAUUUAUUGGCAACAAUAUCAAUUCCAUCAAUAUUAACAUCAAUUUAUAUUUUAUAUAAAUUUGUUAUUGAUCGUCAAUUUCGUUCUCACAUCAAUAAUCAUACAAUAAUUGCAAUGAUUAUUGUUUCAUUCGUAGAUACAACAACAGAAUUAUCAAUAACACUUCAAUAUCUUCGUGUGGAUUAUGUUCAACCAAACAAAAAGAAUUUUUGUGUAUUUUGGAUUUGGUAUGUUUUUGCUCUUCAAAUAGUCAACAUAUCUUUGAUGACAUGGGCUUUAAUCGAAUGA